UUCCUAUAGAAUUAUAUCGUGUGAUAGCACAGCUAAAAUGCGUUGUCGAUUACGGAAACAACUUUUUAUUAAACGGAAUAAAAUUUGCGAAAUAUCAUUAGCAUUUGGCUUAGCUGGCCUUAUUUUUAUCAUUAUCGAUUCCGAAAUUACCGCUACAACUGGUGAUAAUGAUUUUAGUAAGACACAUCCAAUUUCAUUAUUACUUCGAUCAUUAUGUGUAUUAUGUACAAUUGCAUUGAUGGCUAGUUUAAUUCAUUAUCAUUCUAUUGAAGUUAAAAUGGCAUUAAUAGAUAGUGGCGCAGAUGAUUGGAGAGUAGCACUUACAACAGAACGAGCUAUUAAAUUAGCUAUUGAAUUAAUUGUUUGUGCUAUUUGUCCAUUUCCAGGUACAGGAAUAAUGCAAUGGUCAUACAUUCAUCCGGAUAGUAGGAAAGCUACAAUGGUUGAUGUACCUGUUGAUGUUAUCCUAUCAGUACCAAUGUUUCUUCGUGCAUAUCUUCUUUGUAGAUUUAUGGUUUUACAUAGUAAACAAUUUCAGGAUGCGGCAACACGUUCAAUAGCUGCAUUAAAUCGAAUAUCAAUGGAUUUUCGAUUUGUGAUUAAAACAAUGAUGGCUGAUCAUCCACUCAGGGUGCUUGUUGUAUUUACUGUAUCAUUUUGGAUCUGUAUGUCAUGGAUGUUUACUCAAUGUGAACGAUAUGAUGGACAAUUAUCAGCAAAGCAUUAUUAUCUUAAUUCAUUAUGGUUUAUUAUAGUUACAUUUAUGUCUGUUGGUUAUGGUGACAUUGUACCGAAUACAUAUUGUGGUCGAACAUUAGCAGUGACAACUGGAAUUGUUGGUGCUGGAGUAUCAUCAGCUUUAAUUGCUGUUAUAUCACGAAAAUUAGAAUUAAGUCGAGCCGAAAAACACGUUAAUAAUUUUAUGGCUGAUUCAAAACUUACCAAUCAACGUAAGAAUGCUGCCGCAUUGGUACUUCAACAAACAUGGUAAAUUGAU